AUGUCAAUCACUGCCUCUACAUGCCAAUAAAUUAGUCAAUCACCUCUCAAUCUAAGUACAGCCAAACAACUCUGGUCUUUCCCAAAAAGUAGUCGCUUUGGCAAAUUAGAAAAUCCAAACAAUUGUGCAGUUGCUUUUUAUGAUCUCCCAGAUCAAAAGGAAAAGAGAUCUGCAGGCGUAGGAUACUCAACAAAAUAUGAUUUUACAAAAAAUGGACCUAAGACUCCUGCUCCUGAUACCUAUAGGAUAGUUGGAGAAUUGGAUAACAAUAAAUCAAAGAAUCGUGGCUUCCCCUUUGGAGUAAGUAGAGAUAAAAUGUGGUAAAGUGGAAUUAUGGGUGGUUUGAAUAAAGUAACUCCAGGACCAGGGAAGUAUGAGAGUCAAUCAACUCUCAGUUAAACAAGAUAUACGAUGAGACCAAAAAAUUAAUAAGAUAUCAUGAUUCUCACUAAAAAUGUUCCAGGACCGGGAGCUUAUAACUCUGUUUAAGGAAUAGAUUCUAAAGGAAAAUAUCCAAUUUCUAAAUUUUCCAAUAGUUGUGCCACUCUUUUUAAUCCUCCCAGAUCUAAGAGAUUUGAUAAUAAAUAAUACAGUAACGAUGUUCCAGGACCAGGAAAUUAUAAAUUAGACAAUAUAGGAAUUCAAAAGACUGGAUUCUAUCCUAUAUCUAAUUUGCAUUCUAGUAAAUGUAGAAGUUUUCCUCACGAUAUCCGAAAGACUUACUCGGUAUCCAGUAUGCAAACUCCUGGACCUGGUUAAUAUAGACUACCUUCAGAUUUUGGAUACUACGAAUCAAAAUCAGUAUCUAGAAGUUGA